UACCCCACAUGUAAAUAAAGAAAUGAGAAAAUAACAAAUUUAAAGGGAAAUGUUUUGAUCAAGAAAUUAUCUUCAAGCUUUUCUAUGGAGCUAGACGAAGAUGCAUCUGUUAUUUAUGGUCUGGAGUUUAAUACAAGAGCGCUAACGUCUCAGUGUGGAGAGACAGAUUUGAUCCGCUUUUUGGUAGGAACACAGUCACUCAGACAUGAUAAUCAGGUCCAUUUAAUUGAUUUUGAUGAUGAAACAUGCCUGAUCAAUAAACAUGUCGUAUUUCACCAUCCAGUAGGAGAAAUAUGGAAUAUUGGUUCCAGUCCAUCAGAUAAAGAUAUCAUCUCAACAUGUUACAAUCAAGUUGUUGAUAACAAGGCUGAGAUGAAAGCUUCGUUAUGGAGACUACCUUUAGUGGAUGAAACACAACCACCAUCACAGUCUGCGGCACCUGGUCAUCCUAGAUCACUGUUCAAGCUCUGUGAUUUAGACAGUGGUGGAGAGAGCAUGAAGAGUGUCCUGUGGAACCCCUCAGGAGAUGGUUCACAACUUAUUACACUAUCUGAUCAACAUCUCAAGAUAUGGCAGCUGGAUGCAGAUGCACAAGCAGUUGAGGAAAUAGAUACCACAGUAUUGGAAGGUAAAGGUCAACCACGUUUCACAAUGGGGGCCUGGAACCCACAUCAUGGUGGAUCACAAGUAGCAACAGCCAAUGAGAGCACAGUACGAGGCUGGGAUCUUCGAUCCAUGAGACAGGUAUAUACUCUAGACAACGCGCAUGGUCAGUGUGUACGUGAUGUCAACUUUAAUCCAAACAAGCAGUACUACCUCGUGACAUGUGGGGAUGAUUGUAAAGUAAAGUUCUGGGACACGCGAAAUCCCAACGAGUCCCUAAUGAUCCUAUCAGAUCACUCGCACUGGGUCUGGAGAGUUCGAUACAAUCAUUUUCAUGAUCAACUUGUAUUGUCAUCCAGCAGUGAUAGCCGAGUUAUUUUGAACAAGAUCGUAUCGCUAUCAUCCGAACCGUUUCCACAUCUUGAUGAUGACGAUGAUGAUCAGGAAAAUAAAGACAUGAACGAGUCCUCCCCGCCCGCAGACGGUGUCAUAGCAACGUACGAAGAGCACGAAGACAGCGUAUAUGCCGUAGAAUGGUCAUCCGCUGACCCAUGGGUGUUUGCAUCGCUGUCGUAUGAUGGUAGAUUAGUUAUCAAUAGAGUCCCAAGGACAGAGAAAUAUAAAAUACUGUUAUAGAACUGUCUGUGAAUUUUGUAGCAAUUCUUGGAAAAACCAAAAUAAAUGUCGUUUUCUGAGAUUUA